AGCGGCGAGGCCAAUAUGGCUUCCUGCACCUGGUGACGGUAGAAGAAACUGAGGUCUCAUGGAGAAACCCCGGAGCAUUGAGGAGACCCCAUCUUCAGAACCAAUGGAGGAAGAAGAGGAAGAUGAUGACUUAGAGCUGUUCGGAGGCUAUGAUAGUUUCCGGAGUUACAACAGCAGUGUGGGCAGUGAGAGCAGCUCCUAUCUGGAGGAGUCAAGUGAAGCAGAAAAUGAAGAUCGAGAAGCAGGGGAGCUUCCAACCUCCCCCCUGCAUUUGCUCAGCCCUGGGACUCCCCGAUCCUUGGAUGGCAGUGGUUCUGAACCAGCCGUUUGUGAGAUGUGUGGUAUCGUGGGCACACGGGAAGCCUUCUUCUCCAAGACCAAGAGGUUCUGCAGUGUCUCCUGUUCCAGGAGCUACUCCUCCAACUCCAAAAAAGCCAGUAUCCUGGCUAGAUUACAGGGAAAACCACCCACCAAGAAAGCCAAAGUCCUUCAUAAGGCAGCCUGGUCUGCCAAAAUCGGAGCCUUCCUCCACUCCCAAGGGACAGGACAGCUAGCAGACGGGACACCAACAGGACAAGAUGCUCUGGUCUUGGGUUUUGACUGGGGGAAGUUCCUGAAGGAUCACAGUUACAAGGCUGCUCCUGUCAGCUGCUUUAAACACGUCCCGCUGUAUGACCAGUGGGAGGACGUGAUGAAGGGGAUGAAGGUGGAGGUGCUCAACAGUGACGCUGUACUCCCCAGCCGGGUGUACUGGAUCGCCUCUGUCAUCCAGGCGGCAGGGUACCGGGUGUUGCUCCGGUAUGAAGGCUUUGAAAAUGAUGCCAGCCAUGACUUCUGGUGCAACCUGGGAACCGUGGAUGUCCACCCCAUUGGGUGGUGUGCCAUCAAUAGCAAGAUCCUGGUGCCUCCCCGGACCAUCCAUGCCAAGUUCACUGACUGGAAAGGCUACCUCAUGAAGCGAUUGGUGGGCUCCAGGACACUUCCUGUGGAUUUCCAUAUCAAGAUGGUGGAGAGCAUGAAGUACCCCUUUCGGCAGGGCAUGCGCCUUGAGGUUGUGGACAAGUCCCAGGUGUCACGGACCCGUAUGGCUGUGGUGGACACAGUAAUCGGGGGUCGCCUGCGGCUCCUCUAUGAGGAUGGUGACAGUGACGAUGACUUUUGGUGCCACAUGUGGAGCCCCCUGAUCCAUCCAGUGGGUUGGUCACGGCGUGUUGGCCAUAGCAUCAAGAUGUCAGAGAGGCGAAGUGACAUGGCCCAUCAUCCUACCUUCCGGAAAAUCUACUGUGAUGCCGUUCCUUAUCUGUUCAAGAAGGUACGAGCUGUCUACACAGAGGGCGGCUGGUUUGAGGAGGGGAUGAAGCUGGAGGCCAUUGACCCGCUGAACCUGGGCAACAUCUGCGUGGCGACCAUCUGCAAGGUUCUCCUGGAUGGCUACCUGAUGAUCUGUGUGGACGGGGGGCCCUCCACAGAUGGCUCGGACUGGUUCUGUUACCAUGCCUCUUCCCAUGCCAUCUUCCCAGCCAACUUCUGCCAAAAGAAUGACAUUGAGCUCACACCCCCAAAAGGGUAUGAGACACAGACUUUCAACUGGGACACCUACUUGGAGAAGACCAAGUCAAGAGCAGCUCCAUCAAGACUCUUCAACAUGGACUGCCCCAACCAUGGCUUCAAGGUGGGCAUGAAGCUGGAGGCUGUGGACCUGAUGGAGCCCCGGCUCAUCUGUGUGGCCACCGUGAAGCGGGUGGUUCACCGGCUCCUCAGCAUCCACUUUGAUGGCUGGGACAACGAGUAUGACCAGUGGGUGGAUUGCGAGUCCCCGGACAUCUACCCCGUCGGCUGGUGCGAACUCACUGGCUACCAGCUCCAGCCUCCUGUGGCUGCAGAACCAGCCACACCUUUGAAAGCCAAAGAGGCCACAAAAAAGAAAAAGAAACAGUUUGGGAAGAAAAGGAAAAGAAUCCCGCCGACCAAGACUCGGCCCCUUAGACAGGGGUCCAAGAAGCCCCUGCUGGAGGACGACCUGCAGGCUGCGGGGAAGGUCCCAUCGGAGCCCAUUCCUGACGAGAUCAUUGCUGUGUGUGUGAAGGAAGAGCACCUGGACAUGGCUUCUCCUGACAAGGCUCCUAGUCCAGAGCUGCCUGUCCCCCUCGAGAACAUCAAGCAAGAGACUGAUGACUGAGCCAGCCCAGGCCAUGGAACAGAGGGGAGGCUGGGGCUCCUGUGCCACCACCCUUCCACCCCACUUGAGAUGGGAGACUGAGCCUUUUUUGUGUAUGUCCUGCCUCUUAUGUGGAGGCUGCCUGCUGAAGGACCCGCCUCUUGCCUCCACCCUCCUCUGGAGGCCUGUGUGCCUGGGGAUGCCUGAGGCCCCAAGCUGGUCUGAGUGACUCCCUGUGUGGCCCCAGGCUUCUGAAGCUGGUGCACUUGCUGCCCAAUCUGCUGUGCCCCCAACAGGUGUGGGCACUGCUGCCAUCACACUGGAAGACGAGGGACAAGACAGUGUGUGAUCCGCCUGUAUGUUUGCCCAAGAAUAAAAUUAUGAAGCAGCUCUGAUGGGAAGGUCCCCGGGCUGACAGAA